AUGUCACAACAGGGCGAGACUCCCUACGGGAAACCAAGGCAAGAUGAGCAGAUUGAAUAUGCUCCAGAUGAGCCAACCCACGGACACCACCAAAACGAGAAGAACCAGGACAAAGGCCUCGAACUCAUUGAAGAUAUGGGUCGCUCCACCAUACUGACAGCAGAAAACAACUCCAGGGUCCUCCGAAAGAUCGACCUAAGGCUUCUGCCCCUUCUGCUGGGCAUCUACUUCUUGCAGCAACUCGACAAAUCCACGCUUUCAUACGCCUCAGUUUUCGGAUUGAUCGAGGACGCAAACCUCAAAGGUCAAGAAUACUCCUGGCUCGGAUCGGUGGUCUACCUGGCCCAGCUGGUCGCCCAGCCCUUUUUGGCAUACAUCCUGGUGAAAGUUCCGCUGGGGAAGUUUCUUGCUUGUACGACCUUGCUAUGGGGUAUUGCGUUGACAUAUGCGACCCCGGCAAACACUUUUGGAGGAUUGCUGGCUUGUCGGCUCUUUCUGGGGCUGUUUGAAGCGGGAAUCCCCCCUGCCUUCAUUGCUAUCACGCAAAUGUGGUAUCGCCGUCUUGAACAGCCCAUGCGACUUGGAUCGUGGUAUGCAAUGAAUGGUGUGGUAUACAUGUUCGGAAGCUUGAUAACCUAUGGUCUGGGUCAUAUACAAUCUUCCGUCUUGAAGCCAUAUCAGAUCAUCUUUUUGUUUUUCGGCCUUAUCACCAUCGUGUUCUCUUUCGUCGUGCUCGCCUUUAUGCCGGACUCACCGGUACAAUCUAAGUUUCUCGAGGAAGAGGAUAAACUAUUGGCGAUCGAAAGACUCCGAAUGAACCAACAAGGAAUUGAAACCCACGAGUGGAAAUGGGACCACGUGAAAGAAGCCUGUCUUGACAUCAAAUCCUUCUUCUGGUUUGCAUUGAUGUUCUCCAUCUCCAUCCCUAGCGGCGGUAUCUCGACCUUUGGCCCGUUAAUCAUUCAAGCGUUUGGCUUUGAUCAGUUCAAAACGAUCCUCUUCAAUAUUCCAUUCGGUGCCGUUCAGCUUGUCGCGACUAUGGGAGGCGCGUGGCUGGCCACGUACCUCAAGAUGAAGGGCCCGGUUAUAGCUCUAUUAUGUCUUCCUGCGAUUGCUGGCUGCGUGAUGCUGCUCGAAUUACCGCAUGAUGAGGCCCAUAAAGGGCCUCUUCUUGCAGGGUACUAUAUAGUAAGUUCUAACUUGAGAUUAGCACCAAUGAUCUACUCAUGGUCUGCAGGAAAUACUGGAGGUGAAACGAAAAAGAAAGUCACCAAUGGUAUUCUACUGAUCGGACAAUGUGCUGGAAAUGUCCUUGGCCCAAACCUUUAUACGACCGAAGAAGCUCCUCUAUACCGAAGAGGACUACUAUCAAAUCUUGCGAUGUUCUGUGUCCUGGUUUUCCUAUCCCUCAUAAACAUGGCAUACCUGCUAUUCCUCAACAAGAAGCACGAGAAGAAGCGUGUGUCGAUGGGUAAAAGUGCGAAGAUCAUCGACCACUCGAUGCAAGCAAUUGGCGCGUUUCAAACAGACAAAGAAGAAUCGUCGGCUCAAAAUGAAGUAAACGAUGAUAAUGCAUUUAAGGACCUGACGGACUGGGUCAACGAGGACUUUGUCUAUGUUUACUAG